UGCCGGGAAGGGGCGGAGCGCGGCCGCGCCGGCGCGUCGAGCGAGAGGCAGCCGCCGCGAUGGACGUGUUCCUCAUGAUCCGGCGCCACAAGACCACCAUUUUCACGGACGCCAAGGAGUCGAGCACCGUGUUCGAGCUGAAGCGCAUCGUCGAGGGCAUCCUCAAGCGACCGCCCGACGAGCAGCGGCUCUACAAGGAUGACCAGCUCCUCGAUGAUGGCAAAACUCUGGGAGAAUGUGGCUUCACUAGCCAGACAGCACGGCCACAGGCCCCAGCCACAGUGGGGCUGGCCUUCAGGGCAGAUGAUGCCUUUGAGGCCUUGCGCAUCGAGCCCUUCUCUAGCCCACCCGAGCUUCCGGACGUGAUGAAGCCUCAGGACUCUGGAGGCAGCGCCAAUGAACAAGCUGUGCAGUGAGGGCCCCAGGCCCAUCCCUGAGGCCCAUUCCCCCCAAUAAAAGAGAUUUGGGUGUCUGCCUG